CCGCCGCGGGUCCAACUGCUCACUGUUUGCUGGGUAGUGGGUGAGUUUGAGCGUGAGCGGGGCUGCUGGAGACUUGAGAACAGUUCAGAACGAGCAAGCUCACGCCAGAGAGGGAGAGAAAGAGAGAGAGGGAGUGAGAGAACGGGCGAGCAAGAGUGAGGGAGUGCGAGGGGACCUAGAGGAGUCAGGGAGAGAAAGCGAGGGCCAGAGGAACCACGAUAAAAACGGAGUGAGCAUGUCUGUCUCCGCACCUCCCGUGAUCUCUGCAACUUCCAGUGGUACCGGCGUCCCGGGAGCUUUAUUUCGGGCCGAACCCCUAUACUCCACUCCGGGAGAGCCCCCUCGUCUCACCCCUAAUAUGAUCAACAGUUUUAUGGCCAAUAACCACAGCGGCAGCGCCGGGAGUGGCGGGGUCGGUAGUGGCAGCGUUGGCAGCUGCAACACCAACACCAACGAGUGCCGGAUGGUCGACAUGCACGGGGUGAAGGUAGCUUCAUUCCUGAUGGAUGGCCAGGAACUGAUCUGCCUGCCGCAAGUCUUUGAUCUUUUCCUCAAGCACCUGGUGGGUGGGUUGCACACGGUGUACACCAAGCUGAAGAGAUUGGACAUAUCUCCAGUGGUGUGUACCGUUGAGCAGGUCCGGAUCCUCCGCGGGCUGGGGGCCAUCCAGCCUGGGGUGAACCGCUGCAAACUCAUCACCAGGAAAGACUUCGAAACUUUGUUCACUGAUUGCACCAAUGCCAGGCAAACAGUUGGAAGGAUCCCAUUCCCUCAAAGAGAGGAUUCCUUAAAUGAUGAUGGCCAGCUUCCCUGGUUUUCAAGGCCUGGUAGGCCCCCUAAACGUUCUUUGGGAGUGUUGCAAGACAAUGCCCGCCUUCUGCCCCAUGCAGUCCCAGGCCUCUUAUCACCAGGACUUAUUACUCCAACAGGUAUAACUGCUGCAGCAAUGGCUGAAGCAAUGAAACUGCAGAAGAUGAAACUCAUGGCUAUGAACACACUUCAGGGAAAUGGAAGCCAAAAUGGGACUGAAUCAGAGGCUGAUGAUCUUAAUUCUAACACAGGUGGAAGUGAAUCCUCCUGGGAUAAGGAUAAGAUGCAGUCUCCUCUUGCUGCUCCUGGACCUCAGCAUGGAAUUGCUCAUGCAGCAUUAGCUGGGCAGCCAGGCCUUGGGGGUGCUCCUACCCUUACUCCACUGCAGCAGAACCACUUGCUAACCAAUAGACUGGAUUUGCCAUUUAUGAUGAUGCCUCAUCCUCUACUUCCAGUCAGCUUACCUCCUGCAUCAGUUGCCAUGGCAAUGAAUCAGAUGAACCAUCUCAAUACUAUUGCCAACAUGGCUGCUGCAGCCCAGAUUCACAGUCCACUCUCCAGAGCUGGUGCCUCUGUUAUAAAGGAGCGGAUCCCAGAGAGCCCUUCUCCUGCUCCCUCCCUGGAAGAGAGCCAUCGCCCUGGGAGCCAGACCUCUUCCCACCCCAGUAGCAGUGUGUCCAGCUCUCCCUCUCAGAUGGAUCAUCAGUCAGAGAGAAUGGUUAUGAUGCCCAACAAUAGAGAGGAACUUAUUGUUGAUCAUGAUAAUGGACCAACCAUCAAAAAAUUCCAAAGGGAUAAUAAAGAAGAAGUACCUGUUCAAAUUCCACUGAUGAAGUCACCCUUGGACAAGCUUCAACUGGCUCCUGGGCAGGCCUUGCCCCCUGGAUUCCCUGGACCAUUCAUUUUUGCUGAUAAUCUAUCCUCCGUGGAGACUCUGUUGACCAACAUUCAGGUCAACAAUAUUUCUAUAAACAAAAUAAAUGGUCUGCUGAAAGUGGCUUUGGAUAAUGCUCGCAUCCAGGAGAAGCAGAUUCAGCAAGAAAAGAAGGAACUGCGAAUGGAGCUCUAUAGAGAGAGAGAGAUUAGAGAAAACCUUGAAAGACAACUUGCAGUUGAGCUUCAAAGCAGAACUACCAUGCAAAAGCGCCUGAAGAAGGAGAAAAAAGCCAAAAGAAAACUGCAGGAAGCCUUGGAAUUUGAAUCAAAGCGCAGGGAACAAGUGGAGCAGGCGCUUAAGCAAGCCACAACUAGCGACAGUGGCCUGAGGAUGUUGAAAGAUACUGGAAUUCCAGAUAUUGAAAUAGAAAAAAAUGGGACUCCUCAUGAUAGUGCUGCUAUGCAAGCCUGAACACUGAUGCCGGAACUCCAACUGAUCAUAGGCACGAAUAGGGUGCUGUAGCAGUUACCAGCUUAUCUAGUGUUGUAAUUCUUUAGAUUUCAUACUCAAAUUCUUAAAAUAUGGAACCUUCAAUUACUAUUUGUUCAUUACUGAUAAAUAGAAUCUUGCACUUACAGAAACAAUGUGCUAGAGAAUGGGUUUCAUAUGUUUUUAGGGGAUAAUCAUAAUGAUGAGUGAGUGAAUAUGAUACUUUAUACUUCUUUAAUCCCUUUUUUUCAAGGAGUUCAUAGUGCUUCACAAACAUUAUCAUUUUAAUUCACACAGCAUCCUAGUGGGGUAAGUAGGUGGAAAACAUUUUAAUACACAGAAAAUGUUAUUUCUAGAUGGUAUGAGAUAAAAUGUAGACAUUCCUGCUUUAAGUUGUGGUUACUAUGAAAUAGAUUUAUUUGUCAGACCUGAUAAUUAACAGAAAAUAUAUCAGGAGGUAAUUCAUUUGUACAAUUAAUGAAUAUUUGUUAUCAUGGCCUGGGAACUCACUUUUCUAAAAGAAAGACUUUGCUGUAGGGUUCUCUAAGGAAAUAGAGGAGCUCUAGUUUUUAGUGUUUACCAUGUCCACAAUUUUCUUGAAAAGUUGUUGGUGGAGCAAAACAUUUAACUCCUUUCUGCUAGCAUAUUACUUAUCUGUAAGAAAGGCAAUGAUAAAUUAGACUACUAAAAAAUCUCCUUUUAUUCUUUUUCUUCUCUCUUAUCCCCAGUCUUGCUUGCUCUUUGUUAUGUGAUCAAUAAGCAAACAGAAUGUAAAAUAUAUAGACAUAAGAAAAUAGGCAGAUGCAAUGGUACAUUUACAUCAUGAAUAUUUUCUACCUUCCACCCUCUGUUCUGGAUAGGGCCAGAUGCAUAACAUGUUCAAGUGAUUAGGGCCAAAUGGAUCACUUGGCUUGAAUUGCCCAGAGAAUGGCUUUAAGUAUUUUUAACUGUUUACUUAACAGAUACAUGGUCAAAGACUGAUGAUAUAUACCUGUCAUCAUUUUUAUGCCUCCUAAGAAUACAAUAGAUAUUUAAGUAAUCAGAAACAUUUAAUUUCACUCCUAAAAUGCCUCCUUACAUCAAGCAAAUUUGAUAUAUUUUGUUAUAUCUGCCCUAGAAUUAAGUUCUGAUGUGACCAAAGCACCACCCAUCUUAUGCAAAGGGCCAAAUGAGUUUUAUCCAUUCUAUUUGUUAGACUGGAUAAAACUUUAUCAGUAUAUACAGUUUUAGUUGGAAUUGCAAAUAUUCUACAUACUAUGAAAUAUUCCAUUAUUUCAUGUCAAUGAAUAUGACAUUUUAGUCAUUUUAUAUACAGAAAGAUUUUUUUAAGGCACAGACAUUUGGCUUCAGAUGCUAUCUAUGGACUAUAGAAGGUCUGCUUUUGUAGAGUAGGUAUGAUGUUUUAGCCCAAUUCAGAAAAAAAAAUAUAUUAGAAGUAAGUCAUAAAUAAUGUUUAGGCAAAUCAAAUGAAAAAUUUUAUUAAUAUCAGAUAUCUGACCUGAAUAACAAUGAAAUAUAACUGAAAAUAAAACAUUACAAAAUAUCUCAACAUUAUAUACUCAAAUGACACAUAUUGAAUGAUAGGGAAAAUUGAAUAUCAUUUUCAAAUCAAGGCACUUAAAAACACACUACUGCUAUUAUAUAUAUAUAUAUAUUUCACUUUGGUUGACUAUGAAGAAUCCCCUUGUAUUUUCUUCUAGACUUUUUGCAUAUAUCUACUUUUGGACACCUGAUUUAUCUAAUUUUUUAUAAUCUUUAGGUAUAUAACACAGGAGGCAAGUCUUACACUUAAAGGAUGUUGGGAUAGCCAUCUGUGGCCCUCAAAAGAUAAAUCAACCAAGCAGUAUGUUGUCUCUUGUAUGGAGAAGGCCAUACCAGCCUUCUGUGCCAUGGGUUAUACCCAUGUCAGGCAGUGUUGUGCUAAGGGAAGGGCUGCAUGUAACUACAUUUUUACUUAAAAUUGAUCAUGUUUUUAUACCUCAAAUUUCCUCUUUACCUAUUGGAUGAAUAUUAAAGUAAUAAACCUUGCCAGCACUCCCCAGAUAGUAUGAGUCCCUCCUUCUAAAUUUCUAAGCUCCUAACAUUCCUCCAAAGAGGGUUUGUUCAUUGCUCUUCCUGAUCUUUAAAAUUGUUUACAUCCAGAGUGUAUAUUAGAUCAUCUCUGUUUGGAGCUCAAGUAAGAACCCUCUUAAAAACAUAAAACAUAAACAUUCAAUUACUGAUUAGCUGUUUCCUGUUCCUAAUGAAGUGAACAUGCUGGGUUUGUAUUAAAAUUCAGCUACUGUACUCCUCUGUUUAUGGUUCCAGAUGUUUUUGUUUUAUCUAGGAGUUUGUUUUGACAGCUACUACUAAAUGAUAAAUCACUCAUAUUAUAGCUGAAAUGCAUUUUGAAAUUGAAAUGUGGCAAAUUUUGAGAUUGCUCCAAGGAUCAGUGUCAGUUAGCAGGUCAAUAUUGGCUCCUACUUUUUGGUCAUUUAGCAUUGCCAUAUGUAAAACAAUAACAGAAUAGGUGUCAGCUUUAUACAGCAUGCUACACAGGAGUGUAUUUUGCUACUGAUCUUAACAUUGGGGAAAAAAUUUACUACUAUGAAAUCUCAAUUUGUUGUAUGCUGGGGAAAAGAUUGAUACAUAUAAAUAUUGUUUUCUUGCUAGCCUAGGUUUUUAUUUUUUUAAUUCUUUUUUAUUUUCAAGUUGCUAUGGAAACUGUUCCUGGUAGGCCUUAUAAGCAGGGACAUUUAAUGAAGUGUGUGGGCAGAUAUGUUUGUCUCUUUUAAUACAGACAUGAAUUAUACAUAAUAAAUGAGAUUUUCAGUAACUGCAUUUUUCUGAAUGAAGAAUAUUGAUUGUCUUUUGGCACUCACUGCUGUGUUUAUGUACCUUUUUAGAGGGCAUUAUUUGUUUUGCCAUUGCUUUCAAGUUUAUAAUGUUCACAUUUUGUACUGCAUGACUUGAGCUUUACUAUAUUGUAUAAAUUUGAAUCCUGGUAAAAUAACUGUCUUGCGUUUGAUGUUGAAGAUCUUUCCUAUGAUAUUUAGGCUGUGUAUACAGAGGAUGAGGUAGACUGGAGAACUAAGCAACUAACUAGUUAGUUUCAUCAGAAUAAAUAUUCUCAGACUCCAUGUACGAAGCAGUCUGAGCAAUUAUCUGGAUUGACAAAUUACCAGAGAGUUUCUAAAAAUAUAAGCUUUGUUUUAUUUUUCUCUGCUAAAAAUAUCUGAUAAAUUCUAUGUAUUCCUUGGAAAAAUAUCUGGUUGCCAAUUAUGCGAGUUUUGUCCAAUUUUAUAGCUAUUCUGACUAAUACAGAAUCAAACUCAUUUAUUCUCUUAUUACCUUACUUUAUCUUUAUUUUUGGUUCAGAAAUCUUAUCCAAAAAUUUCCAUUGACAGACCAUGAUACCCUUUACACAGAAAGAAUAAAUAUUUUAAAGUUACCAUGCAUAAGGUCCAAAAAUGUAUACUUUUCUCCUUACAGUGCUAAGCUUUGAACCAGAAAUAAAUGAAUAAUUUACACUAGGCAUAUCAGUUCAAAAAUGAUAAUGUAUUCUUUAUAUGUGAAGAUAAUACAUUUGACUAAUAGACAGCUUUUAGCAUUUCUUAAGCAUAGUUAAUAGGUUCAUACUGAUUCAUCCACACUUUCUUUCCCACUGUGUCUUAUUUUGUAAGCAAAGGACAAUUUGUGAUUAGUAAGAUAUCCAGGUAAUAAGCCAUUGUUAUGGAAAAUAGCAAGGUUAAACUAAAAGAAAUAUAACAAAUUUUUAAAAAUCCUUCAUUGAUAAUUUUUAGCCACACCUAUCAAGUGUUACUUAAAUCUAGGAUACUAUGAACUCUAGAUGAUCAACAUUUAAAUGAAUAAUGGUUUGACCAAAACUUCUGGUCAUAAUGGUAUGCAGAGCUAGUCUCCCUUCAUGCAGUAUACACAGUCUUAAGGUUAAACUGGGGAGAGGAAAUUCUAAAUGUAUAAAGCUGUAAUUAUCUUAGGUCAAAACUAUAUAACUCCUUUUCCCCUAUUUUGGUAUAGGGACUUCAAUGUACCAUUGUGUGUAAAAGGAAAAAUAAUAUAGAUCAUUAUAAACAUUAUAACAAAUUUCAUGGAAAAAAGUAUUAGUCUUCAAUUUCUUCAAUGCUGCCCAAAGAAGAGCAGAAGCUAUAUCAUGAAAAUUGAAGAAUUUUUGAAAACUGACAUUAACAUAAUGUUGUUAACUUUUAUAAAUACUGAAUCAGACUGUUACAUUCAAUCAUUUUAGGUUCCUGAAGAUAAAAGUUUUAGUAAUUUUUAGCAUGUAUCAGAUUUAUUCUACAGAAGAACUAACUUGUUUUCUUUUUUUUAAAGGAGGUAACUAUUACUGUUUAGCAAUGGCACAACAGUUUUAUUCGGCCUGAAAGGUCCUCGCUGGCUUUACAUAAAUGAAGAUGCUUGUGAUUCCAGUUUAUCUCUGAAACUAUUCAACAUGGAGUAUUUUCAAUUGUGUUUGUCAGCAAAGCUUUGUUUACUUAAGCAGCUAUUCAAUCUGUUAUAUUAAAAAAGGAAUAUGUGUAAAUUUUAAUAACAAUGAUGUAAACAUUGUCCUCACAUUAGAUUGACCAGUUUAAGAAUAUGAACUAAAUCCUAAUGGCUAAAGUAAAUUGACCAUAUUUGAUGCUUUUCUAUGAUCAUUUCAGCUUGGCUUUUUGUCUUUUAAAAAAAAUACUGUAGUGUGUUAGAGACUAGAUUCUUAUAUGUAUGGUUUCUCUGUUCUUCCAUAUAUUAAGUUAAAGUAUGCUUUCUUUGUUAAAAAUGUACUUGCUAAACUUCAGUAUAAAUAAAAGCAUUUUGACUUUG